AUUUUACUGAAUAGCCGCUGUAGUGUAUUCCAUAGAGAAUAAUUCAGAAAACCCUGAUAAAUAUGCUGCAGUGCUUUGACAUUCAUAGUCUGAAGAGUCACCCUCAUCGUCUAUCUGAAAACAAUGAGAAAAAAUCGGAGUCGGAGAGUGAAGACACUCCAUUAUCUUUCACACCACCACAAUUCCUGAAAGCCAAGACCAUGUACACCUACAGUCGCAUAAACAAGUAUACAGUACAAUUAAGUGACAAAAAGAGGGACCCUCAGAGGAAACAUUUUGAGAGAUUUAUCAUAAAUGCUGUGGAGGAGCAAGAACACCAGGCUGUGUGUGACGGACAGAGCGGUUUGUCAGAAGUCCAAAUUGUGGAUGACAAAGACCUGUGGCCUGUUGAUGAUAGCCAGCCUUCACAAAGCUCUCUAGACUCCAACUCCACAACUUCCUCUUUCAACACAGGAAGCACUGAGGCUGAAUCUACCUGUAGUGUCUGUGAAGACCAAACAGGAAGUGAAGAUGGAAGCCCAGGGGGAAAUAUGUUGGAUACACCUCCAUCCAGGUUUGUAUAUUGGAUAUUUAAUUAUCUUUGUGAACAGCUUGAUGUAUCUGCGUGCAAACGUAUAGCUCAUUUUAUGUUUUAUUUCAGAUCAGGAGUUCUUCUUAAAGACCCCAUGCUUGGAGCUUUUCCAGCUGCAUGGAAAAAGCAUUUUCCUUUCAGCCCUACGUUGCCAAAAACACCAGUACUACCUCUGCGUCCAUCCCUUCGGGAAGCAGCCAGCCUAACCGUCAACCAAUCUCUGCUCAUAUCACCUUCUCAAGGCCUGAGCCGUUCUCUUCAUCCAGAAGGACGAGAGGCGCUACAAACAUUAUUCGAGGACGUGUGGGUCACUCCAGAAUCUACCGUCUUAAAAAGUCCCAGUUUGCCAGGCAGCUUUGCAAAUGACUCAGUAGGCCAAUUUUUGUGAUCCUUUGUUACCUGCAUAUACAGAGGGGUCCAAAAGUCUGGGAACACAAUGAAAAUCUGGAAUUAAGCCUCAGAGACCCGGCAGAACACUUGUGUACAGAAAUUAAA